AUGACUUCGUCAUAUCGAAUCAAUAAUUCCGAUUUGGAAUCUGUUUCAUCCAUCGAUAGCUUCGAUCCGCCCCCUAUCGUCGAGAAGAAGACAAUAACGAGAAGAGAGGCUCUUCAACAAGUUGUAGACCUAUUUCAAGAAAUCAACAACUUGAACUUGGACAAAGAGUUGGACCGGGAAUCCCUUCAAACCAAAGUCACUGAAGUCUUGACAGAGCCCGUUCUUCGAGUUCUACCACUUGAACCGAAAGCGCGUAUUCUAGAAUGGGGUCAACAAUAUAACCUCCACGUGCUGGAUGAAAUCGCCGAAUUCAUGGAAGACGAUCUUGAAGAGUGGGAAUACACUGUCGAAACCCCCAACCGACGAAAGGACAUGCCAUGGUGCGGUAUCGGAGCUGACCUCCUUCGCUUCUUUGUGGCGGACCUCAAGCCCCUUCGGAAGGGACUCCCAGAAGCGGAACGUCGAACUAUCGUCAACAAUGUACGGUACGGACUUUCUCUCUUUGCAGAUUUCCAUGACGAAAAGGUCAGCACUGUCGAAAGAGAGGCACAGGCUGCCAUUGCUGGACUUGUUCUCCGGGAAGAGGCGGUCUCUGACUAG